AUGGACUUGUUUCACAGACUUGGUCUCGCCAGUCACCCCAAUACGAUUCGUGCACAACUUCAGUCUGCUGCAAACCUAUCUGCCGACGAAAUCUUGUCUUGGAAGACUGAAAUAGAAGUCAAUCGAAAUAAAGCUAAUCUGAUGGAUGGAGUUUUGAAAUCACAAACUCAAUCAUCCCAAAUCCAAGAUACCAUGGAAAUAUGCUCAAUCGACUUUUCGAGGGAAACUGUAGCAAAGUACCAGUAUUUCGAUACAAAUAAAUUUGAGUUAUGCAAAAACAUCCUACGUUCAGGCAAAUUCGACAAUAUUCAUGAGGAUAGUGAUAUACUGCAUAUCAUGCUUUGGAAUCAUUGCGACAAGAAAGCCUUCCAUAUUACAGGUGCGGUAACGAUGAGUACAUUACAGUAA